AUGUGGCUCUACCGAGGCGUCCAGUCCGCCGUCUUUUACUAUGCUACCUGUACGCCGUGUGCCAAUUCUUUAGACCGACGAAAACGCAAGAAGGAUGCUGCCCGAUCGCAGCGAGAGAAGGAGAAGACCGAUGCUAUCGUUUCCGAUCAACCCAGACCUUUCCCCCAACCGACUCCGUUCAGUACAAACCAAGGAUGGAGGGAGGAGAUUGCUCUAGGUCCCGGCCCCCCCGCGAGAAGAGGUGGUAACCGUCACAACCGUCGCCCGGAAAGUUGGGAUACGGAUGGUUAUGAUGCGGACUCCGACUUGAGAAGCGGCGGCGGCGGUCGUUCGGGGAAGAAGAAGGAUAAAGGCUCCAGUCUCAAGCACCCCCUCAGCGAUCGAUGGAGUCGUAUGCGGUAUCAGCGCGAGGAUGAACCAUUAUGGGGGGAAGACGUGGAAGUGAAAGGGUCUUCUAUCGGGCUCUCUGGUCGGGGUAAGGCGGAAUCGGAUGAACCCAGCAAAUACUACAUCGCUCGCGUGCCACCCGUCAACGACCUUCACCCUCCUAUUGUCAGUGGGCCCAAGAGCAGGGCUGAGACGAGGUGGAUGCUGCAACCUCCGCCAAGCGCCAAGGUCAUGGCUGGAAAACAACGGUUCGACAGUAGUAACCGCACCAAUGAUCGAUUAGAUCAGGAUAAGAAUGCGGUUGAUCCGGAGCGGAGUUCAUCACCAUUCUCUGCGACUGGUCAAAAGUCACCACCUUCAUCCUCUCAGAACCCUGAAAAGAGAACUCUUAAACCUUCUCCUAUCACAGUACCUCCCGAAUUUCGUGCCCAAAAAGCGUCCGCACCCGAGAGCACCACCGGUCAAAACAUUCGUCAGCCGUCUUCGACGGCGCUGACCCAUGGCCGUGAUGAAUCGAACUUUGUCAUAUCACACCCUAUAACCUCGCGACCCGGCUCCCCUUCUACGAUCUCCACCACCGACUCUGAAACUUCUCCUAGUGUAUGGCAGUGCCCUGUAACACCCGCAUCGCGGCCUGGGUCAAAAGCCACAGAUGACAAGUUAUGCCGUCAGCCGCUAUCACAGGUUUUACCUACUGUACAGCGGGGCAGCAAGGAUGUCCAUAUGUUGCAAUUGGAAAUAAACGAUGAUACCCAUGAUGAGGUCGGAUUUGGCCAGUUGGAACCAUAUCGACCCUAUCGUUGGAGUAUGGACAUAUAA